CGGUCUUUUGCCCAAACCCAAUAUGGCGGCGGUGGUUAAUUCUUCCCUCACUUUCGGUGGCCAUAAGGGGGCGUGAAUACGAAGAAGGGAGCGGGGUUUUUUGAAGCAGCUUGUAGGUGGACGUUGGAAAGGGAAGGAAGAGAGAGCACCUCCCACAGCCAGGCACGAUACCAGCCCGGUGAAGCCAUGAGCCACGGAAGUGGCGGCGGCGUGGUGACACUCCAGCGGGCGCAGGCCUUCCGCUUGCCUGGCCGCCACGGCUACGCAGUAGAAUUCUCGCCUUACCUGCCCGGACGCUUGGCCUGUGCCGCCUCGCAGUACUACGGCAUAGCAGGUUGUGGAGUUCUAGUAGUUUUGGAACAAAAUGAAGCUGGGAUUCAUCUCUUUAGGAGUUUUGACUGGAACGAUGGCCUGUUUGAUGUGACAUGGAGUGAGAACAAUGAACAUAUGUUGGUCACUUCUAGUGGUGAUGGAUCUUUGCAAAUCUGGGACACAGCAAAACCCACAGGUCCAUUGCAAGUCUAUAAAGAGCACACCCAGGAGGUUUACAGUGUUGAUUGGAGCCAGACUAGAGGAGAACAGCUAAUAGUAUCUGGGUCAUGGGAUCAAACAGCAAAAUUGUGGGAUCCUGCUGUGGGACAGUCAGUCUGCACUUUUAAAGGCCAUGAAGGUGUCAUUUAUAGCACAAUAUGGUCUCCGCAUAUCCCAGGCUGCUUUGCAUCUGCCUCAGGUGAUCAGACUUUAAGAAUUUGGGAUGUAAAGGCACCAAGACUCCCAGUGAUAAUUCCUGCUCAUCAGGCUGAGAUUUUAAGUUGUGAUUGGUGCAAGUAUGAUCAGAACUUGCUGGUAACAGGUGCUGUUGACUGUAGUUUGAAAGGCUGGGACUUGAGAAACAUCCGACAACCAGUAUUCAACCUCCUUGGCCAUACUUAUGCAAUAAGAAGAGUAAAAUUUUCACCAUUCCACGCCACUGUAUUGGCCUCCUGUUCCUAUGAUUUUACUGUAAGAUUCUGGGAUUUCUCCAAGCCCGACCCUCUACUUGAGACUGUGGAACAUCAUACAGAGUUUACUUGUGGCCUGGAUUUAAGCUUGCACCAGCCUGGUCAAGUGGCAGACUGCGCUUGGGAUGAAACUGUGAAGAUCUAUAGCCCAUCUUCAUUGGCAGUUCCUGCAUAGAAGGAUAUUCCCCAUGGAAGACAGCAGAUUUGGAAGGAAUCAUUUCCACUUUCCCAGAACAGAACUGUCAUGGGGUGUAUUAGAGCCUUGAUAUAUUUUAAAUGUGAUUUGAUGUAUUAAAAGAAGACAUGCAAUUACGGUCAGAUUCAUAUGGCUUCUUUCACAAAGGCUAUGUUAGGGCAGCAGUGCAACAGUGUGGGAGAAUAAAAAAUGGAGAAGGCAGAGACACUCUUAAUUUUGUCCAUGAUACAGGGUAUAUAGCAAGCAAUCAUGUAAAUACGUAAUUAUUUAAGCAUAACAAUGGCCUAUAUCUGCUAAAGGAAAAAUGCAAAUAGUAUUGUAAUAUGAUUACUCAUCACUUUUUACAUGUAGAGGUUACAAUGUAGCAUCAGUAAAGCAUUCCAUUGCUUUCACAAUGAAUACAUUUUAUUAGCAACAUUGUAUCAUAAUAUGGUGCCUACUGUUGAUACGCAGUAAAUGUUAUGCCAUUAUCCAA